AUGUGGGACAUCACAGUCCAUCCCGCUUCAGGACCCAGUGGCCUCUCUCCGCACUUUAACAGGACCUUAUUUCCUCCUCAACCAAUGUGGGACAUCACAGUCCAUCCCGCUUCAGGACCCAGUGGCCUCUCUCCGCACUUUAACAGGACCUUAUUUCCUCCUCAACCAAUGUGGGACAUCACAGUCCAUCCCGCUUCAGGACCCAGUGGCCUCUCUCCGCACUUUAACAGGACCUUAUUUCCUCCUCAACCAAUGUGGGACAUCACAGUCCAUCCCGCUUCAGGACCCAGUGGCCUCUCUCCGCACUUUAACAGGACCUUAUUUCCUCCUCAACCAAUGUGGGACAUCACAGUCCAUCCCGCUUCAGGACCCAGUGGCCUCUCUCCGCACUUUAACAGGACCUUAUUUCCUCCUCAACCAAUGUGGGACAUCACAGUCCAUCCCGCUUCAGGACCCAGUGGCCUCUCUCCGCACUUUAACAGGACCUUAUUUCCUCCUCAACCAAUGUGGGACAUCACAGUCCAUCCCGCUUCAGGACCCAGUGGCCUCUCUCCGCACUUUAACAGGACCUUAUUUCCUCCUCAACCAAUGUGGGACAUCACAGUCCAUCCCGCUUCAGGACCCAGUGGCCUCUCUCCGCACUUUAACAGGACCUUAUUUCCUCCUCAACCAAUGUGGGACAUCACAAUCCAUCCCGCUUCAGGACCCAGUGGCCUCUCUCCGCACUUUAACAGGACCUUAUUUCCUCCUCAACCAAUGUGGGACAUCACAGUCCAUCCCGCUUCAGGACCCAGUGGCCUCUCUCCGCACUUUAACAGGACCUUAUUUCCUCCUCAACCAAUGUGGGACAUCACAGUCCAUCCCGCUUCAGGACCCAGUGGCCUCUCUCCGCACUUUAACAGGACCUUAUUUCCUCCUCAACCAAUGUGA